AUGAUACUGAUAUGCUAUAACAAAUACUGGUACAAGAACAGCUUACUCUACCCACAUCUGAUGAGUGUAAUGACGUCUAUAGAUAAAUCAUCGAAAGAAAAUGGCUGCCUGGAGAUUUUGGAAGGGUCUCACAAAUGCGGCCGCAUAGAUCACGGGUUUGUUGGAGGUCAGACAGGAGCAGACGUCGAUCGUGUGGAGUUGAUUCGCCAAGUCUGUCCACACAAGUACGUGGAGUUAGACCCAGGCGAUGCCGUUUUCUUCCACUGCAACCUCCUGCAUACAAGCCAGGCGAACACGAGCCCUCACCGACGGUGGGUCUACAUCUGCUGCUACAACCUCAAGUCGAACAAUUCUAUCCACGAACACCACUGGGCCAGCUACAGAAAGAUUGACGUUGUGCCCGAUAGCGCCAUCAUGGAAUGUACGAACGAGACCGACAUGUCAGGGAAACAGUUCGCCGAUCCCCGGGAAAAUAAAACAGUCAUUGUUACCAGCUAUUAAACUGCGUGUUUGCAUUUUUGAAGAAACAUACAACUUUAUUACCAAAAAGCCAAUAGGAUACAUUCUACAUCCUUAUGCUAAUAGUGACAUUGAACUGUUGCCAUGACAGAAAUACAUAAAGCAGUACUUAACCUAUAUAUGGAAUACAUAGAGGAUAUUUCAUGUUUUUUUUUUUUUUAAA